AUUGGCUGUAAAUUAAACAUUCAUUUGACUAAACAUAUUUUUUUGCAUUUUUUAAAAAUUUAGAAUACCCUUUUCAAAUAAAAUUAGCAAUUCGACCUUAGUGGAAAAAAGAUUUUAUACUCUUUAAAUUUUUUAGUUCAUAUGUUUUAUUAAAUUAACAAUCGCCUAAAUGUAAUGUUUUAAGUUUAGCCUAUAAAUGAAAAGUUCAAAAAAAUUGAUAAUUUCUUUUUGAUCUUCUUAACCGAAAAUUUACCAUGUAUUGGUAGCCAGAGAAUGAAGAAAAGGCACCUUUGGUAAAAACAUUUUGUUAUAAUAACUUCUGUGGCAGUUCAUUACAACGCUCACAUUUAAGCAAGAACAAGAAAAUGCAAGUCGAACGCAGAAAUCCAAGGCCUCAAACGCCAAGAAGUGACCUACGGGAUAGUGGUUCUAUAUCAACGAGGCGUUAUUUAGCUCGGCCAAAUUCAGCCAAAGUAGCGGAGAAGAUCUCAGCUCGUAGGAACCUUUUAGGUGGAAAAAUCAGAAGCAAUUCAGCUCGUACUAAAACCGAAGAAAUUGCAGAACCUCUACUUGAAGUUCCUGAUGACGAGGCACAAACGGCACACAAGGUAGGAUGCCCUUGGCUGAAGGCAAGAUCCAGAUCAAGGUACACCGUCGGAGUCACCGAGUCCAGCUCUGGAAUCAUGCACCCCAAGCCCUGGGGCGCCAGGAACCCGACGGACAUCCCCUGCUUCUGCCACAUCCCCCACAGGAGCUCCAAAGAGAACACACAGAUACAAAGGCCACCUAAAUCCGAUAUUUCACCACCCAGCAAGAACUGCAAAGCUAAAAUCGCUGAUAUAGUCGACAACUUCGGCAUUUUCUUGGAAAGGAGGAAGAUACGUAUUUCCGAGAACGAAGUGGCUUUUCUCAUGAAAAAGAUAGAAGAAAAGCUCCAGAAAUUCGUAGAUAAAUCCAAAGAACAGAAGGACCACCAUAGUAAGAAAAAUAAAAAUGUGCGAAACCAUUCUCCGAUACGAUCGCAUACAUCGGUGCCUCAGAAAGCGAUGUCGAGGGAUCAGUUGGCAGAUUUACAGAAGGCAAAGAUGUCAGGGCAGGGUCAGUCUAACAUUCUCGGAAAAUUGGAGACAAAGAAGUAUCUUCUAGAACUGACAGCCGACGAACAGGUACCGCCGAACUUCAGGAACAUCCUGGGAAUGAACCCGACGAUCAUUCAUCAGCACCCAGAUAAGAUGCUGAUCGCGAUGGACGAGAAGCAGCAGCCCUACCUGGCGAUUCCCGAGGACUACCGGCACUACACGAUGAAGACGAUCGACAUGGACAACUACACCGGCGUUGUCCACCAUCAGGCGGAGAACACAACCUUACUCCUGGCUACGAACCCUUCUGUGGCGAGGAGGGCCAUGCACACUCCACCACCGACCAUGAUGCAGAAACCUCACCACAUGGCUUUUAAGCAGAUCCGAAGAUCGUGAGUGCUGUCUUCAGUUGUCCUCGGGAACACCAAUACAACCUUUGUGCCGUCCUAUGAUACCAAAAUAAAACUGAAAAUCCAUUUA